AUGAGGCUGCUACAUGGUCUCAAACAUGCCCCCUCCACUUCAUGCUUUGCAUCCAUCUCGCCGUCUCGGGGGUCGCCUGUCAAGCCGGUUCCUGACGUUGCUGCUGGCCAGGUUGGCAUCGAGAAGCUGAGGUGUCAGGACUCAGGACUCAGGAGCCUGGUUUAUGCAGUUCCAUGCGGGCCACAGCCACCUCACUCGGUACCUGUAGAGUGCAUCCGUAGGUGCUCUUUUAGAUUUGGAUCGCCUGUCCCGGUCGGUCGCAUGAACACUCCUUCUGCGCCCAAUUGA